AUGGGGUUUGGUCAGGGGAUACGGGUGUCCGUAUGGGCCUUUAUGUUAGGUGUCUGCUGUGCCCAAAAACAAGCAUUUACUACUAAUACUCCAUCUGGAACAGUGAACUUCAUCCCGCCAUUGACAACAAGCCCAGUAAUAACAUCCUUCAACCCUGCUCACAAUGGCCGCGUAUGCAGUACGUGGGGCAAUUUCCACUUCAAGACUUUUGAUGGGGACAUCUUUUACUUCCCGGGGCUCUGCAAUUACAUCUUUGCAUCCCACUGCAAUGCUGCCUAUGAGGAUUUCAACAUCCAAAUCAGGCGCACUGUGGUGGAAAAUGCUCCUACUAUCAACCAUAUCACCAUGAAGCUCGAUGGGGUGGUUUUUGAAAUGGCAAAGAACUUUGUUGUUGUCAAUGGCAACAGGGUUCAGCUGCCUUACAGCCAGUCUGGAAUCAUGGCUGAGAGAAGCAGCAUGUAUAUAAAAGUGACUGCCAAAAUGGGCCUGGUUUUCAUGUGGAAUGAAGAUGACAGCAUCCUGCUGGAACUGAGUGACAAAUAUGCCAAUUAUACCUGUGGGCUUUGUGGGGACUUCAAUGGUAUUCCAACGUACAAUGAGUUCUUUUCAAACAAUGCCAAGCUGACUGCCACGCAGUUUGGAAAUAUGCAAAAGAUGGAUGGGCCAACAGAAGUCUGUGAGGAUCCUACAUCAUCCUCCCUGAACAACUGCACAGACAAUUUUGAUGACAUCUGCCAUAAAGUAUUGACUGGCCCUGCAUUUUCAGAAUGUAAUGCACUAGUUGAGGUUAGCGAGUACAUUAAGUCUUGUGAACAAGACUUGUGCCGCUGUGACCAGUCUAAGAAUGCCUUCUGUAUUUGUAACACCUUUGGUGAAUACUCCCGGCAGUGCGCCCAUGCCGGUGGACAACCUCUGAACUGGAGAACCCCACAACUGUGUCCCAAGAAGUGUCCUUUCAACAUGCAGUACCAGGAAUGUGGAUCCCCCUGCACUGACACCUGCACCAACCCUGAAAGAUCUCAUGUCUGUGAAGAUCAUUGUAUGGAUGGCUGCUUCUGUCCCCCAGGAACUGUGCUUGAUGACAUUAACAAUGCUGGCUGCAUCCCCCUUUGGAAGUGCUCCUGUACUUACAAUGGCAACUCUUACGCUCCAGGGACAUCUUUUCACGCCCAUUGCCAUUCCUGUACCUGCAAUGGAGGCCAGUGGAUUUGCACAAACAUUCCAUGCCCUGGAUCUUGUACAGUAGAGGGAGGUUCACACAUCUCCACAUAUGAUGAAAAACGUUACAAUGUCCAUGGAGACUGCACUUAUGUUUUAUCUAAGCACUGUAAAAAUGACACAUUCGCUGUUCUGGGAGAACUCCGCAGAUGUGGCUUGACAGACACUGAGACAUGCUUAAAGACAAUAGUCCUCAGCGUUAAUGGAGGACAAACUAUCAUUGUGAUCAAGCCUGGAGGUGGUGUGUUUGUGAAUUGGAUCUACACUCAGUUGCCCUUCUCAGCAGCUAAUGUCACCAUUUUCAGACCCUCAUCCUUUUUCAUCAUGGUGGAAACAAACUUUGGACUUCAACUGGAGAUCCAACUUGUACCCAUCAUGCAAGCAUUUGUGCGACUGGAUCCAUCUUUCAAAGAGCAGACUUGCGGUCUCUGUGGAAACUUCAACAAUAUUGAGGCUGAUGACUUCAAAGCCAUAAGUGGUGUAGUGGAAGGAACAGCAGCUGCAUUUGCUAAUACCUGGAAAACACAAGCUUCAUGCCCUAACAUCAAAAACAACUUUGAGAAUCCUUGUGCCCUCAGCGUAGAAAAUGAAAAGUAUGCUCAGCACUGGUGCGGAUUGCUGACGGACAGCACAGGACCUUUUGCCAAUUGCCACUUAACAGUGAAUCCAGCUGUUUACCACACGAACUGUCUGUUUGACACCUGUAAUUGUGAAAAGAGUGAGGACUGCAUGUGUGCUGCCCUCUCUUCCUAUGUGAGAGUCUGUGCUGCCAAAGGAGUCCAGCUGGAGGGAUGGAGGACUGAUGUCUGUUCCAAAUACACAACCUCGUGUCCCAAAUCCUUGAGCUACAGCUAUAACAUCAGUUCCUGUCAACCCACUUGCCGGUCUCUGAGUGAGCCCGAUGUCACAUGUAACAUCAGGUUCAUUCCAGUUGAUGGUUGCACCUGUGAAAAAGGAACCUACAUGGAUGAAUAUGGCAAAUGUGUGUCUGCUAGUGAAUGUCCUUGUUAUUACAAAGGAUCUCCCAUUCUCUCUGGGGAAGUUGUUCAUGAAGAUGGUCUUGUAUGCACUUGUGCAAAGGGUAAACUGAGCUGCAUUGGAGCUGUGAACCAAAUCCCAGUUUGUGCUCCUCCCAUGGUCUACUUUGACUGCAGAAAUGUCACUGCAGGCACCACUGGAGCCGAAUGCCAGAAGAGCUGCCAGACGCUUGACAUGCAGUGUUACAGCACACAGUGUAUGUCUGGCUGCAUGUGCCCCUCUGGGCUAGUGUCAGAUGGUAAAGGCAGCUGUGUUGCUGAAGAGGAAUGUCCAUGUAUUCACAAUGAGGCUACCUACAAACCAGGGGAAGAGAUCAAAGUUGACUGCAACACCUGCGUGUGUAAGAACAGGAUGUGGAAAUGCACCAGUGAACAAUGCCUUGGUACAUGCGCUAUUUAUGGAGAUGGGCAUUACAUCACAUUUGAUGACAAAUGGUUUAACUUCAAUGGAGAUUGUGAAUACACAUUAGUCCAGGACCACUGUGGGAAAAACAGCACAGUCAAUGGAACCUUUCGAGUUGUCACUGAAAACAUCCCCUGUGGCUCCACUGGGACCACCUGCUCUAAGUCUAUUAAAGUCUUCCUAGUGGGCUAUGAGUUGAUACUCAGUGAGGAACACCUUGAAGUGGUAGAAAGAGAAAAUGGAAGGCAAAUGCCAUACCAAGUCCGCUAUAUGGGCAUGUACUUAGUUAUUGAGACCAACAAUGGACUGAUCCUCAUGUGGGAUAAGAAAACCAGCAUCUUCAUCAAACUCAGCCCUGAUUUCAAGGGUCAGGUCUGUGGCCUGUGUGGGAACUACGAUGGCAAUGGCAUUAAUGACUUUACCACCAGAAGUCAGUCUGUGGUAGGAGAUGUGCUGGAGUUUGGAAACAGCUGGAAAGUGUCUCUUACUUGUCCUGAUGCCAACUCUACAAAGGACCCUUGCUCUACCAACCCUUAUAGGAAGUCCUGGUCACAGAGGCAGUGCAGCAUCAUCAACAGUGAAGUCUUUGCUGCUUGUCACUCUCAGGUUGAACCAACUAAAUAUUAUGAAGCAUGCGUGACUGAUGCUUGUGCUUGUGACAGUGGGGGAGACUGUGAAUGUUUCUGUACAGCAGUAGCUGCAUAUGCUCAAGCAUGUAGUGAAUUUGGUGUCUGUGUAGCCUGGAGAACUCCAUCAAUCUGUCCUCUGUUCUGUGAUUAUUACAACCCAGAAGGGGAAUGCGAGUGGCACUACAAGCCUUGUGGAGCCCCCUGCAUGAAGACCUGUAGGAAUCCAAGUGGAAGAUGCCUUCAUAAGUUACCAGGUUUAGAAGGCUGCUAUCCAAACUGUCCAGCAAACAAGCCAUAUUUCAAUGAGGAUGAGAUGACGUGUGUUGAUAACUGUGGCUGUUACGAUGCUAAAGGAAACUACCACAAACCAGGAGUGAGCGUCUACUCACAGGACAACUGUCAGUCAUGUACAUGCACAAUGGAAGGCUUAGAGUGCAAGUUUGAUGCUGAAGCAUGUUAUUGCUAUUAUGAAGAACACAAAUAUAAAUAUAAGGAUGUCAUUUAUAACACCACAGAUGGGAUUGGAGGGUGUUUGAGUGCAAUUUGUGACAUCAAUGGAACAAUAACCAGAAAAUUCUUUGAAUGCAGUGGAAUUACAACUACCAUCCCAUUCACAUUUAGUACAGUUCUACCUCCGAUACUUUUUUUUCUUUCUACCACAGGAACAACAACUACACCACCAGUUACAACAGUCUGUGUUCACAACGUAUGCCAAUGGUCAGAGUGGUACGAUGUCAGUUAUCCAAGAGACUCCAACUAUGGAGAUUUUGAAACAUUUGAAAACAUAAGAGCUAAGGGAUUUAGUGUUUGCGAAACUCCAAGCGAUGUGGAAUGCAGAGCAGAAAGACACACUGACGUACCACUAAAAGACCGGAACCAAAACGUGACAUGUAGCAAAGACUUUGGACUCAUAUGUAAUAAUAGGGAUCAGAUUCGACCAAAGUGCCUCAACUAUCAGAUCAGAAUAUUAUGUUGUACUUAUGUACCAUGUGACUCUUCAACAUCUACCCCGUCAGUCACAACUAGUGGACAUCCAACUGCUUCAAGAAGUACAGAAAGUCCAACUCCAUUCCCACUUCCCAUCACUUCAUCUGUCACCACCACGCUUGUACCCCCAGUUUCCACUACAGUAUCAGUCACCUCCAUUGCGUCUCCUCGAACUCCAGGCACAGCAACAGGCUCAGCUGGUACAGCACCACUGCAAACAGGCACAAUCCCACCUCUGACAGGCACGCGUCCACAACCUUCACCAGGUUCCACUCUUCCUCCUUCGAGACAAACAACCACUGAAGGCACCACACUACUCUCUACACAGCCAACAUCACAGGCAAGCACCACCAUGCUUGUACCUCCAGUUUCCACUACCGUAUCAGUCACCUCCACUGCGUCUCCUCCAAGUCCAGGCACAGCAACAGGCUCAGCUGGUACAGCACCACUGCAAACAGGCACAAUCCCACCUGUGACAGGCACGCAUCCACAACCUUCACCAGGUUCCACCUUUCCUUCUUCGGGACGAACAACCACUGAAGGCACCACACUACUCUCUACGCAGCCAGCAUCACAGCGAAGUACCACCAUGCUUGUGCCCCCAGUUUCCACUACCGUAUCAGUCACCUCCACUGCUUCUCCUCGAACUCCAGGCACAGCAACAGGCUCAGCUGGUACAGCACCACUGCAAACAGGCACAAUCCCACUUGUGACAGGCACACGUCCACAACCUUCACCAGGUUCCACUCUUCCUCCUUCGGGACGAACAACCACUGAAGGCACCACACUACUGUCUACGCGGCCAACAUCACAGCGAAGCACCACCACGCUUGUACCCCCAGUUUCCACUACAAUAUCAGUCACCUCCACUGCGUCUCCUCCAAGUCCAGGAACAGCAACAGGCUCAGCUGGUACAGCACCACUGCAAACAGGCACAAUCCCACCUCUGAUAGGCAUGCGUCCACAACCUUCACCAGGCUCCACCUUUCCUUCUUCAGAACAAACAACCACUGAAGGCACCACACUACUGUCUACGCAGCCAGCAUCACAGCGAAGCACCACCAUGCUUGUGCCCCCAGUUUCGACUACCGUAUCAGUCACCUCCACUGCUUCUCCUCCAACUCCAGGCACAGCAACAGGCUCAGGUGGUACAGCACCACUGCAAACAGGCACAAUCCCACCUGUGACAGGCACGCGUCCACAACCUUCACCAGGUUCCACCUUUCCUUCUUCGGGACGAACAACCACUGAAGGCACCACACUACUGUCUACGCAGCCAACAUCACAGGGAAGCACCACCAUGCUUGUACCCCCAGUUUCCACUACAAUAUCAGUCACCUCCACUGCGUCUCCUCCAAGUCCAGGCACAGCAACAGGCUCAGCUGGUACAGCACCACUGCAAACAGGCACAAUCCCACCUCUGAUAGGCAUGCGUCCACAACCUUCACCAGGCUCCACCUUUCCUUCUUCGGAACAAACAACCACUGAAGGCACCACACUACUCUCUACGCAGCCAACAUCACAGCGAAGCACCACCAUGCUUCUACCCCCAGUUUCCACUACAAUAUCAGUCACCUCCACUGCGUCUCCUCCAAGUCCAGGCACAGCAACAGGCUCAGCUGGUACAGCGCCACUGCAAACAGGCACAAUCCCACCUGUGACAGGCACGCAUCCACAACCUUCACCAGGUUCCACCUUUCCUUCUUCGGGACAAACAACCACUGAAGGCACCACACUACUCUCUACGCAGCCAGCAUCACAGCGAAGCACCACCAUGCUUGUGCCCCCAGUUUCCACUACCGUAUCAGUCACCUCCACUGCGUCUCCUCCAAGUCCAGGCACAGCAACAGGCUCAGCUGGUACAGCACCACUGCAAACAGGCACAAUCCCACCUCUGAUAGGCAUGCGUCCACAACCUUCACCAGGCUCCACCUUUCCUUCUUCGGAACAAACAACCACUGAAGGCACCACACUACUCUCUACGCAGCCAACAUCACAGCGAAGCACCACCAUGCUUCUACCCCCAGUUUCCACUACAAUAUCAGUCACCUCCACUGCGUCUCCUCCAAGUCCAGGCACAGCAAAAGGCUCAGCUGGUACAGCGCCACUGCAAACAGGCACAAUCCCACCUGUGACAGGCACGCAUCCACAACCUUCACCAGGUUCCACCUUUCCUUCUUCGGGACAAACAACCACUGAAGGCACCACACUACUCUCUACGCAGCCAGCAUCACAGCGAAGCACCACCAUGCUUGUGCCCCCAGUUUCCACUACCGUAUCAGUCACCUCCACUGCUUCUCCUCCAACUCCAGGCACAGCAACAGGCUCAGGUGGUACAGCACCACUGCAAACAGGCACAAUCCCACCUGUGACAGGCACGCAUCCACAACCUUCACCAGACUCCACCUUUCCUUCUUCGGGACAAACAACCACUCAAGGCACCACACUACUCUCUACGCAGCCAGCAUCACAGCGAAGCACCACCAUGCUUGUGCCCCCAGUUUCCACUACCGUAUCAGUCACCUCCACUGCUUCUCCUCGAACUCCAGGCACAGCAACAGGCUCAGCUGGUACAGCACCACUGCAAACAGGCACAAUCCCACUUGUGACAGGCACACGUCCACAACCUUCACCAGGCUCCACCUUUCCUUCUUCGGAACAAACAACCACUGAAGGCACCACACUACUCUCUACGCAGCCAGCAUCACAGCGAAGCACCACCAUGCUUGUGCCCCCAGUUUCGACUACCGUAUCAGUCACCUCCACUGCUUCUCCUCCAACUCCAGGCACAGCAACAGGCUCAGGUGGUACAGCACCACUGCAAACAGGCACAAUCCCACCUGUGACAGGCACGAAUCCACAACCUUCACCAGGCUCCACCUUUCCUUCUUUGGGACAAACAACCACUCAAGGCACCACACUACUCUCUACGCAGCCAACAUCACAGGGAAGCACCACCACGCUUGUACCCCCAGUUUCCACUACAAUAUCAGUCACCUCCACUGCGUCUCCUCCAAGUCCAGGCACAGCAACAGGCUCAGCUGGUACAGCACCACUGCAAACAGGCACAAUCCCACCUGUGACAGGCACGCGUCCACAACCUUCACCAGGUUCCACCUUUCCUUCUUCGGGACGAACAACCACUGAAGGCACCACACUACUGUCUACGCAGCCAACAUCACAGGGAAGCACCACCAUGCUUGUGCCCCCAGUUUCGACUACCGUAUCAGUCACCUCCACUGCUUCUCCUCCAACUCCAGGCACAGCAACAGGCUCAGGUGGUACAGCACCACUGCAAACAGGCACAAUCCCACCUGUGACAGGCACGAAUCCACAACCUUCACCAGGCUCCACCUUUCCUUCUUCGGGACAAACAACCACUCAAGGCACCACACUACUCUCUACGCAGCCAACAUCACAGGGAAGCACCACCACGCUUGUACCCCCAGUUUCCACUACAGUAUCAGUCACCUCCACUGCGUCUCCUCCACGUCCAGGCACAGCAACAGGCUCAGCUGGUACAGUACCACUGCAAACAGGCACAAUCCCACCUCUGACAGGCACGCGUCCACAACCUUCACCAGGUUCCACCUUUCCUUCUUCGGGACGAACAACCACUGAAGGCACCACACUACUGUCUACGCAGCCAACAUCACAGGGAAGCACCACCAUGCUUGUACCCCCAGUUUCCACUACAAUAUCAGUCACCUCCACUGCGUCUCCUCCAAGUCCAGGCACAGCAACAGGCUCAGCUGGUACAGCACCACUGCAAACAGGCACAAUCCCACCUCUGAUAGGCAUGCGUCCACAACCUUCACCAGGCUCCACCUUUCCUUCUUCGGAACAAACAACCACUGAAGGCACCACACUACUCUCUAUGCAGCCAGCAUCACAGCGAAGCACCACCAUGCUUCUACCCCCAGUUUCCACUACCGUAUCAGUCACCUCCACUGCGUCUCCUCGAACUCCAGGCACAGCAACAGGCUCAGCUGGUACAGCACCACUGCAAACAGGCACAAUCCCACUUGUGACAGGCACACGUCCACAACCUUCACCAGGUUCCACUCUUCCUCCUUCGGGACAAACAACCACUGAAGGCACCACACUACUGUCUACGCGGCCAACAUCACAGCGAAGCACCACCACGCUUGUACCCCCAGUUUCCACUACAAUAUCAGUCACCUCCACUGCGUCUCCUCCAAGUCCAGGCACAGCAACAGGCUCAGCUGGUACAGCACCACUGCAAACAGGCACAAUCCCACCUCUGAUAGGCAUGCGUCCACAACCUUCACCAGGCUCCACCUUUCCUUCUUCGGAACAAACAACCACUGAAGGCACCACACUACUCUCUACGCAGCCAGCAUCACAGCGAAGCACCACCAUGCUUGUGCCCCCAGUUUCGACUACCGUAUCAGUCACCUCCACUGCUUCUCCUCCAACUCCAGGCACAGCAACAGGCUCAGGUGGUACAGCACCACUGCAAACAGGCACAAUCCCACCUGUGACAGGCACGAAUCCACAACCUUCACCAGGCUCCACCUUUCCUUCUUCGGGACAAACAACCACUCAAGGCACCACACUACUCUCUACGCAGCCAACAUCACAAGGAAGCACCACCACGCUUGUACCCCCAGUUUCCACUACAAUAUCAGUCACCUCCACUGCGUCUCCUCCAAGUCCAGGCACAGCAACAGGCUCAGCUGGUACAGCACCACUGCAAACAGGCACAAUCCCACCUGUGACAGGCACGCGUCCACAACCUUCACCAGGUUCCACCUUUCCUUCUUCGGGACGAACAACCACUGAAGGCACCACACUACUGUCUACGCAGCCAACAUCACAGGGAAGCACCACCAUGCUUGUGCCCCCAGUUUCGACUACCGUAUCAGUCACCUCCACUGCUUCUCCUCCAACUCCAGGCACAGCAACAGGCUCAGGUGGUACAGCACCACUGCAAACAGGCACAAUCCCACCUGUGACAGGCACGAAUCCACAACCUUCACCAGGCUCCACCUUUCCUUCUUCGGGACAAACAACCACUCAAGGCACCACACUACUCUCUACGCAGCCAACAUCACAGGGAAGCACCACCACGCUUGUACCCCCAGUUUCCACUACAGUAUCAGUCACCUCCACUGCGUCUCCUCCAAGUCCAGGCACAGCAACAGGCUCAGCUGGUACAGUACCACUGCAAACAGGCACAAUCCCACCUCUGACAGGCACGCGUCCACAACCUUCACCAGGUUCCACCUUUCCUUCUUCGGGACGAACAACCACUGAAGGCACCACACUACUGUCUACGCAGCCAACAUCACAGGGAAGCACCACCAUGCUUGUACCCCCAGUUUCCACUACAAUAUCAGUCACCUCCACUGCGUCUCCUCCAAGUCCAGGCACAGCAACAGGCUCAGCUGGUACAGCACCACUGCAAACAGGCACAAUCCCACCUCUGAUAGGCAUGCGUCCACAACCUUCACCAGGCUCCACCUUUCCUUCUUCGGAACAAACAACCACUGAAGGCACCACACUACUCUCUAUGCAGCCAGCAUCACAGCGAAGCACCACCAUGCUUCUACCCCCAGUUUCCACUACCGUAUCAGUCACCUCCACUGCGUCUCCUCGAACUCCAGGCACAGCAACAGGCUCAGCUGGUACAGCACCACUGCAAACAGGCACAAUCCCACUUGUGACAGGCACACGUCCACAACCUUCACCAGGUUCCACUCUUCCUCCUUCGGGACAAACAACCACUGAAGGCACCACACUACUGUCUACGCGGCCAACAUCACAGCGAAGCACCACCACGCUUGUACCCCCAGUUUCCACUACAAUAUCAGUCACCUCCACUGCGUCUCCUCCAAGUCCAGGCACAGCAACAGGCUCAGCUGGUACAGCACCACUGCAAACAGGCACAAUCCCACCUCUGAUAGGCAUGCGUCCACAACCUUCACCAGGCUCCACCUUUCCUUCUUCGGAACAAACAACCACUGAAGGCACCACACUACUCUCUACGCAGCCAGCAUCACAGCGAAGCACCACCAUGCUUGUGCCCCCAGUUUCCACUACCGUAUCAGUCACCUCCACUGCUUCUCCUCCAACUCCAGGCACAGCAACAGGCUCAGGUGGUACAGCACCACUGCAAACAGGCACAAUCCCACCUGUGACAGGCACGAAUCCACAACCUUCACCAGGCUCCACCUUUCCUUCUUCGGGACAAACAACCACUCAAGGCACCACACUACUCUCUACGCAGCCAACAUCACAGGGAAGCACCACCACGCUUGUACCCCCAGUUUCCACUACAAUAUCAGUCACCUCCACUGCGUCUCCUCCAAGUCCAGGCACAGCAACAGGCUCAGCUGGUACAGCACCACUGCAAACAGGCACAAUCCCACCUGUGACAGGCAUGCGUCCACAACCUUCACCAGGUUCCACCUUUCCUUCUUCGGGACGAACAACCACUGAAGGCACCACACUACUGUCUACGCAGCCAACAUCACAGGGAAGCACCACCAUGCUUGUGCCCCCAGUUUCGACUACCGUAUCAGUCACCUCCACUGCUUCUCCUCCAACUCCAGGCACAGCAACAGGCUCAGGUGGUACAGCACCACUGCAAACAGGCACAAUCCCACCUGUGACAGGCACGAAUCCACAACCUUCACCAGGCUCCACCUUUCCUUCUUCGGGACAAACAACCACUCAAGGCACCACACUACUCUCUACGCAGCCAACAUCACAGGGAAGCACCACCACGCUUGUACCCCCAGUUUCCACUACAGUAUCAGUCACCUCCACUGCGUCUCCUCCAAGUCCAGGCACAGCAACAGGCUCAGCUGGUACAGCACCACUGCAAACAGGCACAAUCCCACCUGUGACAGGCACGAAUCCACAACCUUCACCAGGCUCCACCUUUCCUUCUUCGGGACAAACAACCACUCAAGGCACCACACUACUCUCUACGCAGCCAACAUCACAGGGAAGCACCACCACGCUUGUACCCCCAGUUUCCACUACAAUAUCAGUCACCUCCACUGCGUCUCCUCCAAGUCCAGGCACAGCAACAGGCUCAGCUGGUACAGUACCACUGCAAACAGGCACAAUCCCACCUCUGACAGGCACGCGUCCACAACCUUCACCAGGUUCCACCUUUCCUUCUUCGGGACGAACAACCACUGAAGGCACCACACUACUGUCUACGCAGCCAACAUCACAGGGAAGCACCACCAUGCUUGUACCCCCAGUUUCCACUACAAUAUCAGUCACCUCCACUGCGUCUCCUCCAAGUCCAGGCACAGCAACAGGCUCAGCUGGAACAGCACCACUGCAAACAGGCACAAUCCCACCUCUGAUAGGCAUGCGUCCACAACCUUCACCAGGCUCCACCUUUCCUUCUUCGGAACAAACAACCACUGAAGGCACCACACUACUCUCUAUGCAGCCAGCAUCACAGCGAAGCACCACCAUGCUUCUACCCCCAGUUUCCACUACCGUAUCAGUCACCUCCACUGUGUCUCCUCGAACUCCAGGCACAGCAACAGGCUCAGCUGGUACAGCACCACUGCAAACAGGCACAAUCCCACUUGUGACAGGCACACAUCCACAACCUUCACCAGGUUCCACUCUUCCUCCUUCGGGACAAACAACCACUGAAGGCACCACACUACUGUCUACGCGGCCAACAUCACAGCGAAGCACCACCACGCUUGUACCCCCAGUUUCCACUACAAUAUCAGUCACCUCCACUGCGUCUCCUCCAAGUCCAGGCACAGCAACAGGCUCAGCUGGUACAGCACCACUGCAAACAGGCACAAUCCCACCUCUGAUAGGCAUGCGUCCACAACCUUCACCAGGCUCCACCUUUCCUUCUUCGGAACAAACAACCACUGAAGGCACCACACUACUCUCUACGCAGCCAGCAUCACAGCGAAGCACCACCAUGCUUGUGCCCCCAGUUUCGACUACCGUAUCAGUCACCUCCACUGCUUCUCCUCCAACUCCAGGCACAGCAACAGGCUCAGGUGGUACAGCACCACUGCAAACAGGCACAAUCCCACCUGUGACAGGCACGAAUCCACAACCUUCACCAGGCUCCACCUUUCCUUCUUCGGGACAAACAACCACUCAAGGCACCACACUACUCUCUACGCAGCCAACAUCACAGGGAAGCACCACCACGCUUGUACCCCCAGUUUCCACUACCGUAUCAGUCACCUCCACUGCUUCUCCUCGAACUCCAGGCACAGCAACAGGCUCAGCUGGUACAGCACCACUGCAAACAGGCACAAUCCCACCUGUGACAGGCACGCAUCCACAACCUUCACCAGGUUCCACCUUUCCUUCUUCGGGACGAACAACCACUGAAGGCACCACACUACUGUCUACGCAGCCAACAUCACAGGGAAGCACCACCACGCUUGUACCCCCAGUUUCCACUACAAUAUCAGUCACCUCCACUGCGUCUCCUCCAAGUCCAGGCACAGCAACAGGCUCAGCUGGUACAGCACCACUGCAAACAGGCACAAUCCCACCUGUGACAGGCACGCGUCCACAACCUUCACCAGGUUCCACCUUUCCUUCUUCGGGACGAACAACCACUGAAGGCACCACACUACUGUCUACGCAGCCAACAUCACAGGGAAGCACCACCAUGCUUGUGCCCCCAGUUUCGACUACCGUAUCAGUCACCUCCACUGCUUCUCCUCCAACUCCAGGCACAGCAACAGGCUCAGGUGGUACAGCACCACUGCAAACAGGCACAAUCCCACCUGUGACAGGCACGAAUCCACAACCUUCACCAGGCUCCACCUUUCCUUCUUCGGGACAAACAACCACUCAAGGCACCACACUACUCUCUACGCAGCCAGCAUCACAGCGAAGCACCACCAUGCUUGUGCCCCCAGUUUCCACUACCGUAUCAGUCACCUCCACUGCUUCUCCUCCAACUCCAGGCACAGCAACAGGCUCAGCUGGUACAGCACCACUGCAAACAGGCACAAUCCCACUUGUGACAGGCACACGUCCACAACCUUCACCAAGUUCCACUCUUCCUCCUUCGGGACAAACAACCACUGAAGGCAUCACACUACUGUCUACGCGGCCAACAUCACAGGGAAGCACCACCACGCUUGUACCCCCAGUUUCCACUACAGUAUCAAUCACCUCCACUGCGUCUCCUCCAAGUCCAGGCACAGCAACAGGCUCAGCUGGUACAGUACCACUGCAAACAGGCACAAUCCCACUUGUGACAGGCACGCGUCCACAACCUUCACCAGGUUCCACUCUUCCUCUUUCAGGACAAACAACAACUCAAGGCACCACACUACUCUCUACGCAGCCCACACCACAGGGAAGCACCACCACGCUUGUACCCCCAGUUUCCACUACCGUAUCAGUCUCCUCCACUGCUUCUCCUCCAACUCCUGGCAAAGCAACAGGCUUAGCUGGUACAGUAGCACUGCAAACAGGCACAAUCCCACCUGUGACAGGCACACGUCCACAACCUUCACCAGGUUCCACCCUUCCUCCUUCGGGACGAACAACCACUGAAGGCACCACACUACUCUCUACACAGGGAAGCACCACCAUGCUUGUACGCCCAGUUUCCACUACAAUAUCAGUCACCUCCACUGCUUCUCCUCCAACUCCAGGUAUACCAACAGGCUCAGCUGGUACAGCAUCACUGCAAACAGGCACAAUCCCACCUGUUACAGGCACACGUGGAGAAAUGAGAACAGGUUCAGCCUCCACGGGCGAAGUUAUAUACAACAGAACAGAUAGCACUGGUUGUAGUUUUUAUGCACUUUGCAGUAAAAGAUGCGAAAUUGAACGACUCCAGGGGCCAUGUCCUACAACAACUCCUGUUUCAUUAAUCCCGUCAUCUACAAUACCAAAAACUACUCCAAUAUCAGGUUGCCCUGAUGCUGACCCGCCAAGAAAGAUGAAUGAAUCCUGGAUGUUAAACAAUUGCACUAUGGCAACUUGUGAGGGAGACAACAGAAUUGUUCUAUUGCUUCCUCCAGCUGUAGAGAUGAUUACUUGUGCAAGUGGACUCCCACCAAUAAAAGUCUAUGAUGAGGAUGGCUGCAACUACCACUAUGAGUGUGACUGUGUUUGCAGCGGCUGGAGCAAUUCUGACUACUUGACUUUUGAUGGAACUCACUACACAUUCCAUGACAACUGCACAUAUGUGCUGAUGAAACAGAUUGUGCCCAAAUACAAUUUCAGAAUCCUUGUGGACAAUUACUUCUGUGAUGUGGCUGAUGGACUCUCCUGCCCUAGAUCUAUCAUUGUGAAUUACAACUCCAUGGAAAUAGUGCUAAUCAGUCAGAUACACCAAGGAGAGAAAAAUAAUAAGAUUCUUGUCAACAACGAGCCAAUCAGUGGAGGCUUCAGCAGAGAUGGCAUUUCAGUUGCCAAUGGUGGAACAUACAUGGUUGUUGAAAUCCCGGACAUCAAGUCUUACAUCUUCUUCAAUGGACUCACCUUCACAGUGAAAAUGCCAUUCAGCAUGUUUGGACACAACACUGAAGGCCAGUGUGGCACAUGUUCAAAUGACAAAGUGGACGAAUGCCGCAUGCCAAGUGGCGAAGUAAUUUCCUCUUGUUCAGAAAUGGCUGCCGCUUGGCAGGUUCAGAAUGAAAAUAAGCCCAAUUGUGAAAGGCCCCCGGUACCACCUGCCACGCCAACAACUCCACCUGUGCCCUGCAAUUCUACUUCUCCUCUUUGUGAGCUGAUUUUGAGCGAUCUCUUUGCAGAGUGUCAUAAGAUUCUGACGCCCAGCAUAUUCUAUGAGAGUUGCAUCGCUGAUUCAUGCCACAUUACCAAUGAAUCUAUACCAUGCUUCAGCUUGGAAACAUAUGCCUCCCUCUGCUCUGCUAAAGGUGUCUGUGCCGACUGGAGAAGCAAGACCCAAGGACAAUGCCCAUACAACUGUCCUAACGGCAAGGUGUAUGAUGCAUGUGGCCCUCUUAAUCCUGUCACCUGUCAUUCCGGAACUGUUAACCAUACAAGUGAACAUGUUGCUGAAGGAUGCUUCUGCCCCAAGGAUAAGAUUCUCUUCAAUUCAUACACUGACAUCUGUGUGUCAGAAUGCGGAUGCAAUACAAGCGCCUGCUCCCAGACCAAGAAGACUUGUGAGCCAGGGUAUCAGCUAGCCACAAUCCUUUCAGAAGGAGACUGCUGUGUCAAUUAUACAUGUGAACCAAUACCAGAUGUCUGUGUGCUUAAUGGAACUAUUUACCAGCCUGGAAUGUCUGUUCCAAUGGACUCUUGUAAGACGUGUACCUGCAGUUCUGAAGUAGAUCCAGUCUCCAACAGAAACCUUCUGCAAUGUGAGCUGGUCCGCUGUGACACCACUUGCCCCCUGGGUUAUGAAUACAUGAUGAAAGAUGGAGAGUGCUGCGGAGAGUGUGUCCAGGUGGCUUGCACAAUCAAGCUGACUAACAACACUGUCCAGGUGCUCAAGCCGGGUGAUAUCUGGAAGCCUGAAGAUAAUCCAUGCAGCUAUUACAAAUGUGAAAAAACUGAAGAUCAGCUUGUUUCAGUCACUGUUCUGAGAACAUGUCCUGCCUUUGACCCAGAGGACUGCAAGCCUGAUGAAGUACAGCUGACUCCUGAUGGCUGCUGCAAAACCUGUACCUCUGAAUUAACAAGAUGCAAAGUUUACAAGAACUCAACUGUGAUCCGCCACAAUGAAUGUGAAUCUUCUGAGCCUAUUGAACUGACGUACUGUGAGGGUGUUUGUGCCAGCUCCUCAGUGUAUUCCUUUGAAACACAGCAGAUGCAACACAAGUGUACCUGCUGCCAGGAACUCAAGAGCCACAAGAGAGAGGUGACGCUGACAUGCAGCAAUGGAACAAGCAUGAAUUAUGACUAUGUCUAUGUGGAACAGUGCCAAUGCAUGACUGCGUGCAUUCCAGAAACCACAACCACACAACAGUUCCAAAAGGAAGAAGAGCAGAAAAAAACAAUAUGA